GCGCGCUGGGAAAAGAGCUGCUCUCGCCAGUCCUCUUGUGUGUGGAAGACAGCGGCUCUCGAUGUCCACACUCUCUACCGCUGUUCUGGUGAUCCGAUAGUUGUGAAAAGCCACCACUAGUCGCCCCCAGUGCUCUUGCAGUCUCCAAUUUUUCUUUCCCACUGUAGACUUAACGUCACGUCCGCACUUGAACUUGAAUUUUAUCCCAUUGUACGGAGGCAGCCCUCGCCACAGAGAGACAGAGAGCUCCCGGAGAAGCAGGACUCCGCCAUCUUCAUAGAGAAAGAAAAGAAGAAGAAGAAGAGGAAGAAGAAGAAGAAGAAAAAAAAGAAGCAUAUAGGUCUUCAUUUAUUUGAAAAGGAGGUGGCAACCAAUGUCCCCGGUCUACUCACAACAGAGCAAGGGGAGCAGAGAGUUGGAGAGGCUGAGAAGUAGCGGGUAUAACAUGCUGUAGGCAAGCGCCAGCGUCCUGGGAGAAGAGGUGUCCAGCGCUUGGCAAACUCCAAGUUCCAAGAAGAAAUCGGAUUCAUUCUUCCUUAGUCUUAUGAUUAAUUUAUUUUCACCUUAUUACAGAAACUAAAUAAUCUUUCAUAUAUGCGAGAGCUGUAGACUGGACCAAGUGAGACCGCGGAGCAUUCUCUACCUGUCAAAACGCGCUGGGCAGAUCUGAAUACAUUUCAAAGGUACAGAGACAUUCGCGUUGGUUGAUUUAGAAUUGUCAUCCAAGGGCGUACAACACCAAGGAUAUUUUUUCCCCCUUAGAUUUAUGUCCUUGGACAAACUGCACUCAUCCUAUCUCUUUAGCCCAAUGCGUGAGUCACUGAUACACUGAGCGCUAUCCGAGCUGUGGUCUUCGGGAGCCAGAGGAGACUGGAGACCCAAAGCGCAACGACACGUCUCUCUGAUCCAAGGACCUCUAUAUCAAGCCGACCGACGACUCGAUUUGCGGUGCUGUACCAAUUCUUUAAAAGUCCCGGGACAAGUUAUUGAAGAAAACAAACAAAAAAAAGUGCUAGCCACGGAAGGAAGCAAGCCGACCAUUCCUUGUGCAGGUCUCCGGGCGAUGCCAGUGUAAAUGCUAGGGCAAUGUCCCGUCGUAAGCAGGGAAACCCACAGCAUUUGUCACAGAGAGAAAUUAUAACACCCGACUCCGAGCAUGUGGAUCCAGGCAUUCCCAUGGGCGAGCUCUCCCCUCCCCCGCACGCGCUGCUGGAGUCCGCCCUGGUCCCACCCCUGCCGCCCGGCCUGGGGGACCACGACCUGCUCACCUGCGGCCAAUGCCAGGAGACCUUCCCCCUGGGCGACAUCCUGCUCUUCAUCGAACACAAGAAGAAACAGUGCCAGGGCCUGGCGACCGGACACAGCUGCUACGACAAGGCUUCGGAGCGCCGCAGCCCAUCCCCGCCGCGCUCCGAGCUGAGGAAGGCGGCCGAGCCGGUCGAAAUCGGAAUCCAGGUGACCCCCGAGGAGGAGGACGAAAGGCUGCUCACGCCUCCCAAAGGAAUUUGCCCCAAGCAGGAGAGUGGACUGGCAGGUAGGGACGAGCCUACGAGCUACAUAUGCACGACGUGCAAGCAGCCCUUCGCCAGCGCCUGGUUCCUCUUGCAGCAUGUCCAGAACACGCACGGCAUCCGCAUCUACCUGGAGCCCAACCCGUCCAACACGUCCCUCACCCCGCGGAUCACCAUCCCUCCCCCGAUUGGUGCUGACUCCAUCCCCCAAUCCCCUCUCACCAACUUCCUGGGCGACAGCAACCCCUUCCACCUCCUGCGCAUGGCGGGGCCCCUGCUCCGGGAGCCCCCCCCGGGCUUCGUGGAGAACCGGCUCCCGAACACGCCGCCCUUCGUCAGCCCGCCCCCACGCCACCACUUAGACCCCCAUCGCCUGGAACGCCUUAGCGCCGAGGAAAUGGGGCUGAUUUCCCAGCAUCCCAGUGCCUUCGAGAGAGUGAUGCGCAUGACGCCCAUGGCCAUGGAGUCGCAGUCCAUGGACUUCUCCCGCCGUCUGCGCGAGCUGGCGGGCAACAACAGCUCCACGCCGCCGCUCUCCCCCAGUCGCGCCAACCCUAUGCACCGCCUGCUCAACCCCAACCCCUUCCAGCCCAAUCGCAAGUCACCCUUCCUGAGCACGCCGCCGCUCCCGCCCAUGCCGCCGAGCAGCACCACGCCGCCUCAGACGCAGGACAAGAGCAAGUCCUGUGAGUUCUGCGGCAAGACCUUCAAGUUCCAGAGCAACCUGAUCGUGCACCGCCGCAGUCACACGGGCGAGAAGCCGUACAAGUGCCAGCUGUGCGACCACGCCUGCUCGCAGGCCAGCAAGCUGAAGCGCCACAUGAAGACGCACAUGCACAAGGCGGGCUCCCUGACGGGCCGCUCGGACGACGGCCUGUCGGCCACCAGCUCGCCCGAGCCGGGCACCAGCGACGUCACCGGCGAGGCCAUGAAAAGCAGGGACGGCGACUUCCGUGGCGAGGGCCUGGGGCCGGACAACGAGGAGGAAGAGGAAGAGGAGGAAGAGGAGGAGUUGGAGAACGAGAGCAGGCCCGAGUCGAACUUCAGCAUGGACUCGGAGCUGAGUCGCAACAGGGAGAACGGCUCCAAGCCGCCGGUGGACGACAAGGGCCUGUCCCUGGGAAAGAUGGUGGAGACUGUGGGGCUGAACUCCAUCCAGCAGUACAAUAACUUGAUAGUUGACAAUCGAAAACGGCUUCCUUUCUCCAAGAGGGGCUCUGACGGACAGAGAGACACGGCUGACGAGGACUCGGUGGUAGGGGACAUGGAGCAGGUGGAGCGGACCACCGUCAACGGCAGGAACUGUGGCUCCGGCGACUCGUUCUCAGGCCUGUUCCCACGCAAGCCCACCCCCAUCACCAGCCCCAGCCUGUCCAACUCCUCCAACAAGAGGAUCAAAAUAGAGAAGGACUUGGACAUGCCCCCGGCCCCCUUGAUCCCCUCCGAAAAUGUCUACUCCCAGUGGCUGGUGGGCUACGCCGCGUCCCGCCACUUCAUCAAAGACCCCUUCCUCGGCUUCACCGACUCCAGACAAUCCCCCUUUGCCACCUCCUCCGAGCACUCCUCAGAGAACGGCAGCCUGCGCUUCUCCACGCCGCCGGGCGACCUGCUGGACGGGGGUCUCUCGGGCCGCAGCGGUACGGCGAGCGGCGGCAGCACGCCGCACCUGGCCGGCGGCCCUGGCCCGGGCCGGCCCAGCUCCAAGGAGAGCCGGCGGAGCGACACCUGCGAGUUCUGCGGCAAGGUGUUCAAGAACUGCAGCAACCUGACGGUGCACCGGCGCAGCCACACGGGCGAGCGGCCCUACAAGUGUGAGCUGUGCAACUACGCGUGCGCGCAGAGCAGCAAGCUCACCCGCCACAUGAAGACACACGGGCAGAUGGGUAAGGAAGUGUACCGCUGUGACAUCUGCCAAAUGCCCUUCAGCGUAUACAGCACGCUAGAGAAACACAUGAAAAAAUGGCACGGCGAGCACCUGAUGACGAACGAGGUCAAAAUCGAACAAGCUGAGAGAAGCUAAGACAGAUUUUCCUGUUUUGCCUCACAAUUCCUUGAAUAUAAAAAAGGGGGUAGCUGCAGUCUCUGUUUUUCCUUUUCAAAUAAUAAUAAUAAUUUUGAGUUAGAUUUUGUGUUUUUGCCUAAGAAACUGCCAUCUGAGGAAAAAAAAACAAUGACAGCAGCAAAGGGAAGUUGUAAUCGGAGCGGGUCUAAACUGCCUAAUUUUGCGUUUUAUUUCAGUCUGUCAGUCUAUCAGUGGAUGAAUUAGAUAAUGUUUAAAUGGAGCCUUUAACUGUGCAAUAAUUUCUGUAUUUAUUGGAUUCCGUAAUGUUUGGCAUGUGCAGGUGCAUUUUAUUACUUUUUUCCUUUUAUUUUUCUUUUAAUUUCAAAUGCUGGGAUUUUAUUUUUUAUGCUUUUUAAAACCCAGAGAAAAACCUGAGAUUUUCCUUUUGUCUUCAGAACAGAGUACAUGUGAGAAAUCUUUAGGCUGCUGCUUAUGAAAUUCUCCAUUUAAGCUACAUGUAAUUUCUUGAAGAGAAGCCGAAUUCAAUUUUCAAUUCUGAAAAGCAGAACUGAGAAAGCUAUUUUUUACUUUUCUUUGUUUGUUAGUCAUAAUAAGAUGUAAGCGGACAACAAUCCUUAGACCUUGUAGCGUGAACUGAUUUCGAAUAUGUCAAUCCAUUCGGGUAUGUAGCAAUGAACGUCAGACGUGACAGUAAAGCCUAGAGGAUUGUGGGGCUUGAGAAUCCUGCUUCCUGCUCCCAGAAAUCAGUGAGGGAAGAUGAUGGCAAAGAAACAGAUGAUCACAAAGGCAGCUGCUUUUAGGUAGCUAGUACCGAACCAGAUAAAGCCAGUCAAGCAACCUUUCGUGUGUGGGUCGUGCUUGUAAUGAGUCCUUCAGGCCUCUGAUCCUGAAAAUCGCCCCCUGCCCCUGCCUCCUGCCCCUGUGGCACCCCCCGCGCGCUCGCUCAUGCGAUGCCCGGACAAACCCCACCGUAACACACUCUCCCCCUCUCCGUUCCUCUUUGCCGAUUCCGUUUGGAGGGAUCGAUGGCGGGAGCGCGGUGUUCCGCCUGCUCGUCUCAGCUUCCGGCCCGUCUCAGGGCGAGUAGCAGGGGCUUCUCCUGGCCACUGUCUCACGCGACCUUGGCCAGUGGCUCUGACCGUCUGGACCAGCCAGGACUUGACCAGGGUUUAACUCCGCCUGUCGUAUACCUGUGUGUCAGGGCUACGCUGCUGUUAACCUCUAAGGGAGCAGAAAGAAACCCCUCGCGUAGACGCAUGCACACACACUGCCAUACAGUCCUAUGUGAGCCGUCAGAGGGAAGCAUAUGGAGGAGUUCUGUUCUUGAUUCACUUACCUGCGCUUUUCAAACAUUCCGCCUGCCUUCUGUCCUUCUAGUUACAUUCAAUGUUAAAAGCUUAGUGGAAGGAAUACGGUUCUGUAGUGAGUGUCACCAAUUUAACCAGAUCAGAACAAGGGGAAAACAAAUUCACUUAUACAUCCUGUAAUCUCCGGAUUCUGUUAAAGUAGUUCUCAGAUCACUUGAAAGGACCCUAUGCAUUUUUUUUGUAUAUAACAAUUUCGAAUCAUUUUGAGAAAUGCAUUUAUAAUGUCUUGUAAAGCCAGAAUAUAUUCAAUUGUUUGCCAUUGUCAAUAUGUGUGUGACAUUGACUUAUCUGGUUAACUUGGCCAUGCACGCCAGCCAUUAGCAGGUAUACAGUCUAGUCUGUUGCACAGUAAGAGUGUCUGUCCUAAUCUGUUGAGCUAAAACAGUAAGACUUUGUUUUUUCUUUCUUUCUUCUCAUUCAGGACUUCCUGUGAUGUGUAGUUGAACGCAUUCUAAGAAGUAGCAACACGCAAAAAAGAAUGCCACGCUGAAUCUUUGAACUCUUUUCUGCCCCCAGUUUUUUUUUCCUUUGAUCUUUUUCCCCUACUUUUUAAAAAAAAAAAAAAACAUUUUUAAAUGUCUUCGACAAUUACCCCCUUCGUCCUCGGUCACAACCUUGAUUGAGUUGUACUUUAUGCGCUCUCGUACCACGCCAGGGCCGAGCCUUCACAGUUAAUAGAAUUGAGGGAAUAUCAUGGUCGGAAAAAAAGAGAAGAAGAAGAAGACAAAAACAAACAAAAAACAAAAAACCAAACAAACAGCCUCAUCUAUGCGCAGUUCAGCUGCACUUUAUGAUUUGAUUUCUGCAGUCCUGAACAAUGGAGAACUCGGCUUCUGAGCAAGAAAUUACGCUGAAAGCAUUUAGUGGGUAAAGAGAGCAUCUGAGACAGGAGUGCCCAGCGUUGCUAGGCUUGGCUUUCACAACGUUGGCACUAUAAAAAGUGAAAUUAAUUUAUUUGGACAGUUUUUGUACUGCCACUGAAUUUGACAUGAGUGUGCCUUGAAUACCGAUCUUCCCAUUUAUGGUCUUGCAAGACAAAUGCAACAUUUUUGUGAAGCAAAGAAUUGAAUGAAAAGGAAAUUGUGUCCAUGUAGUUUUAAUCUGCUUCUAAAGUAAAAAAAAAAAUUAAUCAGAAAUAUAAAUUGUUUAAAAUUAAGUAAUUCUAAGGUUAAUAAAGGUAAAGAAUAGCCAGCACAAUACUGAUGUGUCUAUGUGUGUAUAUAUAUGUAUGCAUAUGUACAUAUAAUGGCACAAACACACACACGUUAUAGACGUAUAUAUGUAUGAUUCUUCACUUCAGGAUAAGACUGCAUCCCUUGGUAAAAUUGUAGAUUCUUUUCCAGAAGAUUCUUUUGCUACAGAUAGACAAGGAAGAGACUGGACGAAAAUCAGGAACUACAGAAACUAAAAAAAAAAAGACUUUAGUGCACUCUGUCUUAAAAUGCGUUUACAGUAUUGAAACAAGUACAAGGGUAAAAUGAUAUUUCUGUGUAUGUGUGUUUUAAACAAACAAGUUUUUUUUUUGUUUUUUUUCCAAGGUUGCUUAUAAAGUUUCUCUGAAUGCCAUAGUGGCUCUGUGUAUAUUGGUUUUUUGGUGAUGGGGUUUUAGUAUAUAUAUAAAUAUAUAAAUAUAAAUAUAUAUAUUACAUUUUUUUUCUUGUUUACUGUAAAAGUAUACCAGUAUUUGUAAUAUUGGAGAAUGCCAGGGCAUUUUACACAAAAAAAAGGAAAAAAAAACUUUUUUAAUUAUCAUUUUUUUAUUUUGCAGUCCAAUUUAAAUUGUGGGUCUCAAAUGUUUUUUUUUUGUCACUGUAACUGUAAACGUUUUGAGUUUUAGUAGCUUUUUCUGCCUUGGGUGUACGAGCAUAAUAAAGAGUACUGCAGACAGAGUGUAUAAGGCCAUAGGGUCAGCCACGUGACGGAUAGAUGGUUUUCCCACAAAGUCUAGCAAACAUUACUACUUUGCAGGUUAAAAAAAAAUAAUUACGCAUUCUUAUCAUCUGUAUCUCUUUUUUAUUUCAUCUGGAAUGGAUUCUCUUGAUGGCUGGAUUGAAAUACAUCUGUAGACAUUUUUUUGUACUGGAGCUUGUAUUUUGGAACUUGUGUGCGUGUCUCUCAUGAGAGAGGGGACGCGAGUAUCGGUGUGUCCUUUUAUGACCUACAGAAAGGGUGGCGGAGUCAUGAACAAGACCCAGCCCUGAGCUGCCAUGAUAGAUCCGUGUUCAUUUGGCAGGAUAAACAUGUGCAAGAAUGGCAAGAAUUUGUAUUGUCGAAAUGAAACUUGUAUAGAAGGGAUUGAAAGGUUGUUUGACGGCCUUUUACUGUAGCUGCAUAUAUGAAAGUAAAUGUUUUGUUCACUAUUA